AUUGAAAGUUUCAGAAGUACAGCGAAUAGAACGGUGAUAUAAUAAUGAAAAGUGCGAUUUAUUUUCUUGUGUGUGGGGUUUUCGUAACUUUGGCGACAUCCUACAAUCUCUACGACAAAUCCCUGGUAAAAGAAGAUGGAAAUAACAAUCAGUCAAUAGCAACGCGAUUCGACGCCGAAAAAGAUGUGCUGUUCCUACUUUACACACAGAAAAACCCCUUAAAUCCGGAAUACAUUUCAGUUGGUGACGCUGCCUCCUUGGGAAAUUUCAACGUGAAAAAUUCUCUGAAGCUUGUCAUUCAUGGAUGGAUAGCUAAUUCUAAUUUCCUCGAUGCUAUUCGAGAAGCCUACAUCGCCUCCGGCGAGGACUGCAACAUCGUGAUGGUGGACUGGUCGAAGGGUUCCGAAGACCUGUUGUACAACGAGGCGAGAGACCGCGCGGUGUCGGUGGGAGAGCGCACCGCGGCGCUACUCGAGUUCCUGGUCUCCAAGGGUCUCGGCCUGUCCAACAUCCACUUGGUGGGGCACAGCCUGGGCGCACACGCCGCAGGGGUGGCCGGCAACCGAAUGAAGUCAGGCAAAGUCGGCCGCAUUACAGGUUUGGACCCGGCAGCGCCGCUGUACUCGGCAGAGAGUGUCACCGACCGUCUAGACUCAACUGAUGCGGCCUACGUGGAUGUUAUCCACACAUGCGGCGGCGUGCUUGGUUGGGCCGACCCGCUGGGUCAUUCAGACUUCUAUCCCAACGGUGGCACCAUGGUUCAGCCGGGAUGUAAUACCAACGUGGCGGAGCUCGGUCUAGGUUCUUGCAGUCACAACCGAUGUCCGGCCCUAUUCGCUGAGUCUAUCACCACGAAGAAGGGGUUUGUUGGGGUUAAGUGCUCAAACUGGCUCUUGUACCAGACAGGGAUGUGCUCCAUGAACGACAAGGAGCUCAUGGGAGAUAAGACAUCAACCAGCGCAAGAGGAACAUACUACCUGAAAACUGCCUCAUCUUCACCAUUUGCAGAAGGAUAGAUAAUCUGUGUCAACAUACAACAUUAAAUAAACUAUACAACAUACUGCA